GAGGUGAUUGCUUCAUGUUCAGGUAGCUGCUAAUUUUGCUUAAUUCACGGAAGUACAUGUACCCCUAUGACGUAACGAUGUCGAUCUAAAGGCUUGGUAUGCCAACUCAACCACGUCGGAGCGAGCGACCCCAAUAUGACGUAUCCAGUGCUGUCUUAACGAAGCGCUGGUCGCUUUGUGGGGGAAAGUUUUUAAAUGUUCUUUAAUUCAUCCAUAUUUUUUUUCUAAUUAUUGGAUGUAGAAAGCAGAGAUUUUGUGACUUCUGAGAGAGCGACCGAAGAGGAUGAAGAAGCACUUAUGCAUCGUCUUCACUUUCAUAGUACUAGCGGGGGCUUACAUAGAGGAGAUCGAUUUACCCGAGUCCUUUACGGAAUGUCUCGAAAAGCAGCGAAUCAAGAACCUGGGCGCUGCCAGUGGCGAGGCCAUGAGCAAAUGGUGUAUGAAUAGUCACCGCAUGAAGCUCACUGGGGAUAAAUUCAAAUACUCCAAUGUGUCGGAGGACACCGUCAGUUGGAUCAACGAAUUGUUGAGGAUGUCAAACGUGGACAUGAAGCUGGAUCUUUCGUCCACGAACAAACUCAGCCAUUCCGUGAAGAAACGCCAAGCGUCAUUGGACACCCCUUCCCUGUAUCCUAAUGUUCAGUUUCCUCCCCAACCAAUCAUUGAUAGCGAUAGUUCAGACUCAUCGAAUAUCCAAAACUCACAAGGACCGGAGUAUAUGUCGGAGACCCUGCAGUCAUUCUCUAAUCAACAUACGGGUUCUGGACAGGCGCAGCGGUUUCAGCCCGGACAAGCACGACCUUUCCCGAUCAUUGGCGGAGAAAACCAGGCCCCAGCAGCACAACAACCAGGGGUUCAGACACAGCAGCUUGGCGCGGCCAUUCCACAGACACAGCAGUUUGGAGCGGCCAUUCCACAGACACAGCAGUUUGGAGCGGCCAUUCCACAGACACAGCAAUUUGGCGCGGCCGUUCCACAACAAACUUUUUCAAGCAGUUCUAACCAGCCAAUUCCAGCUCAGGUUCCCCAGACCCAGAUUAAUCCGGUUCAGACUCAAUUUUCUCAACAACAGCAACAGCAGACGGUGUUUCAACAACCAUCACAGCAAAUCAACAACUUCGUUGCCGCUCAACAGCAGCCGACAUUUGCCCAAGGACAACAGCAGAAUUUUCAGUCUAUGAAUGCAUUUCAACCUCAACUUCAACCGCAACCGACGGUAAUGUCUCCCAACAUGAACACUGCACAGCCUGUCUCUGGCAUCCCCGUAGUGCAGCGUCCUCAGCUGAGGAUCAGGAAGGAAUACAGGACAAUGACGGAGCAGGAAAGGGCCAACUUCCACAGGGCUAUCCUUCUACUGAAACAAGAUACAACAAUUCGACCUAAUCGUUAUGAUGCUCUUGGGCUGGUUCACUUCCGGAUGGUAGACAACAUACAUCAUGGAGGGGCUUUCUUAGCUUGGCAUAGACUAUUCAUUACCAUAUUUGAGAACGCCUUACGACAAAAGGUACCCGAUGUCACAUUGCCGUAUUGGGACUCCACCAUGGAUGAGGCCAUGAUCGACCCCACCCAAUCCGUGACCUGGUCCCCUCAAUUCCUUGGUAAUGGAGAUGGUCUCGUGACAACAGGGCCUUUCGCUUUCUGGCAGACCCCUAACGGGCCUCUCAUCAGAAAUGUAGGUCAGGAUGGUCAACUACUCUCCAGGCAGGCCAUCAUGAGGGUAUUAUCUAGAACCAGAAUGGCGGAAAUCACUGAGCCAGGUGCCCCGGAUCAGUACAACAUUGAAAAUUACCAUGGCGACGCGCACACGUGGAUCGGUGGUCAAAUGGAGCCCAUGGAAACCUCGGCCUUUGAUCCUGUUUUCUACCUACACCAUGCCUUUGUUGAUUACGUCUGGGAAAUAUUUCGUCAACAGCAGCGAGCCAUGGGAAUAGACCCCACCCAGGACUACCCUCAGAACUUCGGCCCCCAGUCUCACGCUCCCUUCACCCCUACAGGGUUUGGAAACCUGCCCAAUGUGUUUGGAAUAAGUGAUAUGUUUACGACGCAAGUUUACACAUACCAACCCCACCCAACUUGUUCCUUUCAGAAUUCCAACUGUGGCUCUCCUUUCUUGACCUGCGAUAUUUCCGCCGGGGUCCCGCAGUGUAUUCCCAUUGGCGCGGGCCCCCCGGCACCUCCACGUGCAGCAGCAAUGAGAGGCGUCCCCGGGGUCAUGGGCGCUGGCGGCCCCGGACCACUUUUAGGUGGAAUGCCGCGACUUCCUUUCGGUCGUAAGAAGAGAGCUACGACUGCGAACAAAGCAAGCGACAAGUCUACGACAGCCGAUUCCUACCACCAGGUUAUGGUAAAGCAGCUUCAAUGCUCCAACGCGUGGGUCUCUUUCUCCAGUCAAAACACGUUUGAAAUCAACAAUGAAGGGGACACUCGUAAUUGGGUGUUUAUUCCAGUUCGUGUCGUCAACAAAAGGUCGCCUGAGCAUCGUAAGUUCAAAGCGUACGCAAUCAUCAAUGGUAAGCCUUCCGUAAAAGCCGAUAUCUACGACCCAGAACAGUACGAAGAAAUUAAACCAUAUUUCUCUGAAGAGUUGAUGCCAUCCUCAGCAAAAUGUGACGCAGUUUCCGGAGAUCGAACGAUAGGACGUAUCCACAUCCGGUCCGACGGGCUUAAUUACCAAGGCAACUACGACGAGUACGUCAUCGUUGAUUUGAGACAAGCGUUCACCGAGUCUACCACGUAUAUAGGACUGAGAAGACCCGGCAAAAACGACACGGAAGUCCUGCUGACAGCCUACGAUUCCUGUGGAAGGAAGUGCAAAGCCUUCUGUAGGAGCAGGAAUGCCAAAUCCCACGACUACCAUCCAUGUUCGGGCGCGCUUCGGGUCAACAGCAAUUCCCCGUGGGAGUAUGGGAAAAAUUACGGCGAUGCAGUGCGAAUGUCCUGGGAUCUUAAUGACUUGUAUACAAUUCCGAAACUACAAGACCAGUCUGUUUUUAUCCAGUUUUUCUGUGACCAUCGGUGAUCAUCGAGAAUAAAAUUGGUGUGGGAGAUAUUUUUUUCACUUCAUUUUUUGGUGUAUAAAAAUACUAAACAAAUAACGACCAAUAUCUAUAGAUAUUUUUUUCAAAUAUGAUUUCAUACAAAUUCAUCGUUAAGGUAUCGUUUUUUAGAAAUUUAUACUUGAUUUCUAAAACACAAACAACUUUAUUCUAUGGUAUAUUUUGUAUGCACAAAUGUUUAAUUUGUUCUUCUGUAAUGGCAAAUAAUGCUGAAAUUUUAUAUUCUUUGCACCGUUUCGUUUGACAGUUGAAUGUAUAAGUUGAAAUUCUUAAUCUUGAAUAAAUAUCUGUCAAAAACUGUAUGCUGUUUUUCGACUGAAUUUAUUUCAGGUUGGCAAAUUUUUCAAAAUGACACUUUUACACAAUAAAGCUUUUCAUGCAUUCAACAGGCAGUAGGUUGUCUCUCCGAUUUUUUGUAUUGCCUGCUAAACCUUUGCCCUUUUUUAGAAACAGUAUACUAGUAAUACACAAACGAAAUUCGCGUUGCGUUAUUCUCAUUAAAGUGUAAAAGGAAAGGCUCUUACGGAUUGUUUAUUUGUCUGCUACCUCCUUUUUUUUAAACAGAAAAAUAUAAAAAUGCGUGUGAAGGAACGCACGUGUUAUAAAUGAAGUCACGUUUCUUUCAUGCCUAUUUUACACAUUUCUCUUUAAGUCAACAACACGGUUUUUACACUGAUUAUAACAUCCUGCACGGUGAUCUCGGUAACUAUGGUAAUGUAAGAAAAACAGUUAAUAAUCUAACGCACAUUGACAGAUUUUUUUUUCCAGAAAUGUUGACAUUGUUUUGUUAUUUUGUUUACAUAAAAUAUAUUUUCCAUCAUA